UCCAGCGGCACAGGCCACUCCAGCUUACAUCUGAAAUUCAAAUAGACAUCCUAGGCAAAAGACAUGGGAGUCCAGCGUCAGGGGAGGGCCAGCAAGAGUGAGAGAGAAAGAAAAGGCGAAAACAGUAACUGACGCGGGGUUUUUAAGGUAUCCUUGAUUUGUGAUCCAACUCCCUGGGAACUUUUUUACUUUUUCACGGAGGAAAUUAAAACUGGAAAAUUAAUGAAAACAGAAGUUGUCCAUGAAAUAAUAACACCUCUGGCAAGCAGCUGCCACACCUUUAUCAACAGCGCCGCAGAUAUUUGCAGAGGAAAGAUCUAAAAGAGGUGAACGAUGAAUCGGUGAUCAUUCCCUUGAUGGAAUUGUGAAGCAGGCACCUGCGCCCAGUUCCAUCAAUCAGCUGGCCAGAUGGGGUGCCGAUGCUGCAGGAUGAUAAAAAGCUACAUCUAUGACCCCUCGGCCCCUGUGGAAGUGCACGGGCGGAGGCACGACUCCAGCAGCAGCUCCCUGUACCAGAGGAAGCCUCUGGAGUCGGACAACAUCCACAAAGUGCAGGGCUUCCACAACCUGGGCUACAGCCACAAGUACGGGGACAGCCUGAAAAACGGCACGUCCAGGCUGGAGAUCGACAACAACCACAUCAACCGCCUGCACGCCCCGCCCGGUGACGGUCCACACGACCGCCUCCCGAAACCGGAGCCGGGGAACCACGCCCUCUACAUCCUGCACCCGGAGAGCCCGCUGAAAUUCGCCCCGCCCUGUCACCUGCCGCUCCAGACUAGCGCCCCCUGCAGGCCCACCGGGAAGCUUGAGGGCCGUCUCAUCGACGGUACGACCCCUCUGGAAAACGGGGUUCCCUUACCGCGCGGGCAGGGGGAGGAGGCGGGAGGAGACGACGGAGAAAGCGUCUUCUCGGGUCGCUCGGAGGACAUCAACACCAGCACCACCAGCCUCUCCUCGGCCGACACCAAAGACAGAGUCGGGAGCGGAGACGGCGUGGCGGAGGGAGUCCCUGUCACGGAGAGCAGCAGCUCUGAGGAGGAGGAGGAAGAGGGAGGUGACUGCGGGAGCGUCACGGACUCCGAGGUGGCCGAGGCCCUGGCGGCUCUCGAGGCGGCGACCGCCGGCGAAGACGACGAUUGACCGCUCCGUCCUGUCCGCCAAUGGCCGAACCGCGCGUUACCACCACUGCCACAGGUCUCUCGACUGACUGACUUCAGACAUACGCACGCAUAUGUCUUUUCAUAUUUUCUUCCCAAACGUUUAUUUUUAAAUCCAAUGUGCACAGACUUUUUUAAAGGCCUCCUUUUAUUUAACCUUCUACAACUGUCCUCUGUGUUGAAGAAUCUUCUCUUCUUAAAUUGAAUUGGAUUGAUUGUUUACAAGGACCUCACAUUUCUAGUCGUGGAUUGCGAAUGCAGGGGUUUUUAUCGCCAAAGAAUGCCCCCUGAAAGAUGCGAGUGAACAUUUCUUUCCAAGGAAAGUAGCACUUGGCAAUCUGAUUCAAACUUCUGUUUCUGUUCCAUGUGCGCAGGAGAAAGGACACUUGGCCAUAGGCUGUGGAUGUUUUCUGCUUCAUGGCUUCUGUUUCUCAGUACUUCAGGGUCCCCUAAAAUGGUGGUACACCUCACGAACACGGGGAAUUCUGCCCAAAAUGUCUAUUUUUAUAUCCAACCGGAUGUUACGUUUGUGGUUUUAUACAUGUAUCAUUGUGUUAUUUAUCCCUUUACAUGUUUUCACAUGUCCUUCAGGAAAGAGAGUGGAAUUGAUGGUUGCAUCACUUGGUGGUCUCAAAGUUCUGCACAAAUAUCAGUAGAUAGUCAUGUUUAAUUUCUUUUUUUGUAUGAAUGCCGAUGGAAGGUCAAAAGUGGUUGCUUUUGUGUGUGUGUGUGUGUGUGUGUGUGUGUGUGUGUGUGUGUGUGUGUCCGUAUAUUAUUGUUCACUGAGUCGGUCACCUGGUUUGAGGUGUGUGCAUGUAGGAGAGAGCGUGCGUGCAUGUGUGUUUAUGAAUGCAGCACUCGAGCGGUAUAGUUUAUGAUAUUAGAUACACCAUAGUAAAAUCUAUGUAAUAUUUUUACGGUUUAAGACCACAGUGCCACAAGUUAAAGCUUAACACAAAGAUCCUACAUGUGCCAGACAAGACAACUCACUGUCUUUCUCUUAUUCUGUCUGUACACUUAAGUGAAGCUCAUUGUUUUAAUGAUGGAACACAUUGUUUUUUUGCCAGAAGAAAAUAAUAUUUAUUUAAAUGUCCAAAUGUGUCAGUUUUCAUUUAAAUUGCCUUACAAGUCCUGCCAUGUUGGUGUUUUUAAAUUUGGUUUCUAUAUAAGAAGGGAUCUGUGAAUACAUUUAUUUGUUUUUACACUGUUACCAAUUGAUUUUGAGUGAAAUUAAUGUUCCUUUGCCCCACUAUAUAUGCUGAAUGACAAACGCAGAUGACAAUCCUUGAAUAUAAAUUAAUUUUAUCUUUUCAA